AUGAAGUCCGUCUCUCACACAGAGGGAAUGCACAUGCAUUGCUUCACGGGAGACAGUUACGUCGUGGAGAAGUGGCUGGAGGUGUUCCCGGAAACGUAUUUUGGUUUUACCGAUACAGUUGAAAGGUUCAACAGACACCAGCAGGAGGCAGUUACAGGCAUCUACGAGAGUAGAUUGCUCUUGGAGACAGAUGCGCCGUAUUUCCCUUUGCCGGGCAACAAGUGGUCGUCACCGAGCCAGAUCCACAAAGCUGCUAGACUUGUGGCGGAACUAAGGAACGUGUCUGUGGAGAAGGUGUUGGCAGCCACUACUGAAAAUGCCUUGAGACUUUAUGGACUGCGGGCUUAA